AUGGGGCAAUACAAGUUUCUUCUUUUUCUGUUGGUCUUACUUUCAAUAUCAAAAUCUGGCACGUCAUGGUCUUGGUUUCCAGGCAACAAACAAUCCAGUGAGGACGCUCAUGAAACUCUAAGAAUCUCUGGGGAUGUUGUGGCUGAUUUCUCGAUGGAUGCUCUCAAUGAUGAAAAGGGAAUGGAAAGGUUGAACAAUGCUAGAAGAAAACUGACUGGCUUAAAAUCCUGUUGGUAUGAUGCUUAUCAAGGGCUUUUUGCCAAGUGCUCUGACAUUACUGCUGAUGACAAUGAAGGGAGGAAGAGAUUUGCUUGGGAUCUUAGCAAUUGCUUUCAGAAGGAUUCUGGAAGAUCCUCUUUUCCUCCAUGCCGUGCUGGCUCUCCAAUGAAAUCAUGCCUUGAAAAACUUGAUAACAAUGCCAUUCAUACUUAUCGCCAAUUCUUCAUAGAAACCAAUUCUAUUUGCAAUCAGUUACAGUCUUCUUAUUUCAGGCUUCACACAGAGAAACUGGUGAAUCUUUUGGUAAAAUCAGCUGACCAUGCAGAAGAAAAACUAGAAACCAUUGAAGAGAAAGCAGAGCAUUUGUUGCAGGGCUCAAAAGAUAUCCAUGAUUCUUUGACUAAAAUUGAUCAACAAACCCAACAAGUGGCUCAAACUUCUGAGAAUGUUAAAAAUCAGAUCAAAGGUGUAUUGAAGCAGUCAGAGGCAGUUUUUGAGCAAUCUGAGAAGAUUACAGCUUCUCAAUCAGAAUUGCAGAAAGGGCAAGAAAAGAUGAAGAUUAAAUUUGAAGAAGGGAUGACAGUAAUUCAUGAGUCCUACAAUAACCUUGGAAAGGAAAUUGACAAUUUACAAAAUGAGGCUGUUGAAAUAGAGAACAAGAUAAGCAAAGUGGGAGAUACAAUGUAUACAAAGAUGAGUAAGCUCCAAAGCAAAGCUGAUGAUAUUGGGAACAUAGCUGGAAUCUCCUUAGAUAAGCAAAAGCAACUUAUACAGGGACAAUCUGAAGCGCUUCAGGGGCUUCAGUCCCUGGCCAAAUUUCAGUCUCAAGCACUAGAAGAGAGCAGUGUUAUCUUGCAACAGCUAGCUAAAUUAGGGCGCGAGCAGCAAGAAGAGCUCCUUCGGCGACAUGUGCAGCUUCAACAAGCUAAUGACCAUCUGGUUGAAAACUCAAAAUCAAUCUUAGAAGCUCAGGAAGCUUUUGAACAGAAGCUAGCAGCAAUGUUUCUAGCUUUAGAUAAGCUGUUUGCCUUGCACAAUACGUUAGUGCUUGAGGCACGAUUGAUCAAAGCCGCCUUUGUUUACACCAUAUCAAUAUUUGUCAUCUACAUGUUCACCAGUACAAAGUCAACAUAUAGUGUGAGACCCCGGCUUAAUAUUGGUCUAGGUGCUACAUUCUUGAUUGAGGUUGCUAUACUUCGAUAUGUGACAAAUGGUAUUGAGCAACAAACGUGGAUGAUCAAUCUAGCUAGAUCCCUCUUUGCAGGUCUUGCUGUCUUUCAGUUUCUACAUGCCAUUUUCACAUACAGGGACUUUGAGAGGUUGAAUUUUGAGAUGCUACAAGAUCUGAUGAACAAGGUGAAGUCUUGGGAUACAGAUGGUGAUGAAGAUUGGACUCAAUGGAUUGACCCUGAGGUAGCAGAUGGGGUAGACAAUUUCCAAGAUCCUGACUACAUGCCACCAAAAGAAGAGGGCAUUGGAGAGAAUUAUUUUGUUACCUCUUCACCUACUAGAAAAUACAAUCUUCGUAGCCGUUGUCGUUAA